AGCUGUGUGGGUCUUCCAGGGAUGCCAUGAAAAUCACAGGAGCGGAGUAACUCGGGAGAGAGAGACCGCCGCUCCUCGCUACAAUCACAGACACGCCAGGGGCGCUGGUGGCGGCAGAGAGAGCGAGAGAUGGAUCCAGCUGGAAACAUCCGCUCUUUUAGGUAGCGCUUACGAAGAUCCAGGGAGAGCUGCUGACCCGUCUCUGUCGCGCAGUUUGUAGCCGCCGCCGCCGCCGCGGCCGGGGAGCUGUCUCAAAGGAUGGAUUUCAGCCUGCUCCGGAACAUCAUCAGCAGAUACUGUGCAGGGGAGGAGAACUGGGUGGACAGCCGGACGGUGUAUAUCGGCCAUAAAGAACCCCCUCCGGGAGCUGAGGCCUACAUCCCUCAGCGUUAUCCCGACAACCGCAUCGUCUCCUCUAAGUACACCUUCUGGAACUUCAUCCCCAAGAACCUGUUUGAGCAAUUCAGAAGAAUCGCUAACUUCUACUUCUUGGUCAUAUUUUUGGUCCAGCUUAUCAUCGACACCCCCACCAGCCCAGUCACCAGCGGCCUGCCCCUCUUCUUUGUUAUCACCGUCACCGCCAUAAAACAGGGCUAUGAAGAUUGGCUCAGACACAAAGCUGACUGCUCCCUAAACGAGUGUCCGGUGGACGUGGUGCAGCAGGAGAAGGUGGUGAGGACGCAGAGUCACAAACUACGGGUGGGCGACAUCGUCAUGGUGAGAGAGGACGAGACUUUCCCCUGUGAUCUCAUCUUUCUCUCAUCCAGCCGGGACGACGGCACCUGCUACGUCACCACCACCAGCCUCGACGGGGAGUCAAGUCACAAGACCUAUUACGCUGUACCAGAUACCAUGGCCUUUAAAACGGAGCAGGAGGUGGAUUCAUUACAUGCCACUAUUGAAUGUGAACAACCGCAGCCUGACCUCUACAAAUUUGUGGGACGCAUCAACAUUUACAAGGACAAAGAGGAGCCUGUGUCCAGAACACUAGGAGCUGAGAAUUUACUUCUUAGAGGAGCCACACUGAAGAACACACAACAUAUUUAUGCUGUUGCAGUCUACACUGGCAUGGAGACCAAGAUGGCGCUUAAUUACCAGUCUAAAUCUCAGAAGCGCUCUGCUGUUGAGAAGUCGAUGAACGCCUUCCUCAUCGUGUACUUGUUCAUCUUGAUCAGUAAAGCUGUGAUCAACACUGUCCUGAAGUACGCCUGGCAGUGGUCACCGGACCGGGACGAACCCUGGUACAACCACAGGACUGAAAACGAGCGCCAGCGCCACGUGGUCAUCCGAGCCUUUACGGACUUCCUGGCCUUCAUGGUCCUGUUUAACUACAUCAUCCCAGUGUCCAUGUACGUCACUGUAGAGAUGCAGAAGUUUCUUGGGUCGUAUUUCAUCACGUGGGAUGAGGAGAUGUUUGAUGAGGAGCUGGGGCAGGGAGCCCAGGUGAACACCUCCGACCUGAACGAAGAGCUGGGACAGGUGGAGUACGUGUUUACCGAUAAGACCGGUACUCUGACCGAGAACAACAUGGAGUUUAUUGAAUGCUGUGUGGAUGGCAAUGUCUACAUCCCACAUGCCAUCUGCAACGGCCAGAUCCUCAGUGCUGCCUCCAGCAUAGACAUGAUCGACUCCUCACCUGGGGGGUACAGGAGAGAGUACGAGGAUCUGUUUUUCCGGGCGCUGUGUCUCUGCCACACGGUGCAGGUGAAGGAGGAGGAGACUGUGGACGGCAUCAAAAGGGGCAUCCAUCAGGGCAGGCCCACUUCCUUUUACAUUUCCUCGUCUCCGGAUGAAGUAGCUUUGGUGGAAGGAAUGAAAAGGCUGGGUUACACCUAUCUGCGACUCAAGGACAACUACAUGGAGAUCCUCAACAAAGACGACGAGAUCGAAAGGUUUGAACUGCUCCAUGUGCUGAACUUCGACUCUGUCAGGAGGAGGAUGAGCGUCAUAGUGAAGUCCAUCUCAGGAGAGUACCUGAUGUUCUGUAAAGGUGCAGACUCAUCUAUUUUUCCUCGAGUAGUGUCUGGAAAGGUGGAGCAAGUCAAAGCCCACGUGGAGCAGAACGCUGUGGAGGGGCUGCGGACGCUGUGCGUCGCCUACCGAAGGCUGUCGGAGUCGGAGUACCAGGAAGCGUGUCAUUACCUGACCGAAGCCAAGCUGGCCCUGCAGGACAGGGAGCAGAGGCUGGCUCAGGCCUACGACGUCAUCGAGAGGGAUUUUGUCCUCCUGGGUGCUACAGCGGUGGAGGACAGGCUGCAGGAGAAAGCCGCGGACACCAUCGAGUCGCUGCACAAGGCCGGCAUCAAAGUCUGGGUCCUCACGGGGGACAAGAUGGAGACGGCCGCCGCCACGUGUUACGCCAGCAAGCUUUUCCGUCGCAGCACCCAGAUUCUGGAGCUGACCAAGAAGCGCACCAAAGAGCAGAGCCUGCACGACGUUCUGUUUGAGCUGAACAGGACCGUUCUCAGGCAGCGCUCCAUAUCCGGGUUGUCAGUGGACUGCCUCGACUUUGGCCUGAUUAUCGACGGGGCGACUCUUUCUGCAGUACUAAAGCCCAGCCAAGAGGUGUCUGGCCAUGGGAACUACAGAGAGAUCUUUCUUGAAAUCUGUCGCAACUGUAGCGCUGUUCUCUGCUGUCGCAUGGCACCGCUGCAGAAAGCCCAGAUUGUGAAGCUAAUAAAAUCCUCGAAGGAACAUCCUAUAACCCUCGCUGUUGGCGACGGAGCCAACGACGUCAGCAUGAUCUUAGAAGCACAUGUUGGCAUUGGCAUCAUGGGUAAAGAAGGCCGACAGGCAGCCAGAAACAGCGAUUAUGCCAUCCCAAAAUUUAAACACCUGAAGAAGAUGCUUCUGGUCCACGGCCACUACUACUACAUCCGAAUCGCUGAGCUCGUUCAGUACUUCUUUUACAAGAAUGUGUGCUUCAUCUUCCCUCAGUUCCUGUAUCAGUUCUUCUGUGGCUUCUCGCAGCAGCCUCUGUACGACACGGCGUAUUUAACGCUGUACAACAUCAGCUUCACCUCCCUCCCCAUCCUCCUGUACAGCCUGGUCGAGCAGCACGUGACCAUCGACACGCUGAAGAGGGAGCCCUCUCUGUACAGGGACAUCGCGAAGAACUCCCUCCUCCGUUGGCCCGUCUUCCUGUACUGGACGUGCCUGGGUGUGUUCGACGCGGUCAUCUUCUUCUUCGGUGCCUACUUCCUGUUCGACAACACCACCUUCACCAGCAACGGCCAGCUUAUGACCACCAACACACAGAUGAUGUUCGGAAACUGGACGUUUGGGACUCUCAUCUUUACUGUCCUGGUUUUCACCGUGACCCUCAAGCUUGCCUUGGACACGUGUCACUGGACUUGGAUCAACCACUUCGUAAUCUGGGGCUCGCUGCUUUUCUACGUCAUUUUCUCUCUUCUCUGGGGCGGCAUCAUUUGGCCCUUCCUGAACUACCAGAGGAUGUACUACGUGUUUAUGCAGAUGUUGUCCAGUGGCCCAGCGUGGCUCAGCAUCAUCCUCCUCAUUACCGUCAGCCUGCUGCCGGAUGUCAUCAAGAAAGUCCUCUGCAGGGCUAUUUGUCCAACAGCUACUGAGCGAGCACAGGUCAGCGAGAAGCUGCUGUCCGGCAGCGCGGCCGAGCUGACCCCUCUGUCCUUUCGUCGAUCCUACAAAGGCAGGAGCACAGACUCCACCCUCCUCCACCUCGGUGCUGCAGAAACGCUGUCCCUCCGCAGCUCCAGUCCUCUUCCGCAGAAACUCCUGGCUCACCUGGCGGAGGGAGGGGGGUCCGACCUGACCUGUCUCAGCCCAUAUAUGCUUCGUCUGUCAGGGGCGGGGUUUGCCUACUACGCUCCUGGACCGGAGACGCCUGUGUGAAAACAAAAAAAACAACAGAAACAUCACAAGAUGUCGUUAAGCUCUCCAUUGCAAGAGUCAAGAAUUUAUUGAGCAUCCCUCGAAAUCAUGGACUCUCCAUGUUCAUCAUGUGCAUUUUCUGGGGUCCACCUGAGUGGACCACCGUUGUCUUUGCAGUGCCCGGACUC